AUGAUCACCACAAUCACUAUGUUUGCCCUGUCCUGUGCAUGCCUGCUGCUCGACGCCCUCAACACUAUGAGUCUCCUCGAAGGAGUCCUCCUCGAAACGCGGGGCGAGGUCCAACACCCAGUUGCAUGGAUUAGCAGGCAGAGCGCGAACGACCGUGCAUUUGCUCAGGCUGCGAUAUUCGCCUUUGAACUCAUAAUCAGCGAUGGUGUCGUGGUGUGGCGCGGUGCGGCGUUGUGGGGUUACAACUGGAGAUGCUCGACAAUCAUGCUCCUCCCACUUUUUGGGGACUUAGCUCAAGCCGUUUAUGUGUAUUUCCUGGCGUGCGAAGGUCAAUCGAAAUGGUUAUACAUCGACGGGAUGCAGGCUAAACAUUGCCAUGACUCGCAGCGCGCGAUGUAUUUUUUCUCCUUCUCGACCAACCUGCUCGCAACUGGCUUCAUAAUCGCGAUGGCUUGGCAGCAUCGCGGGGCGUUCGAAGUGCGGAAGGCGACUCUCUCUGGCUCUGGCAGACCCCGACGCACGGCUGCGCAGAAGGUCAUGUUACUGCUCAUUGAAUCUGGCUUCGUAUACCUGAUCAUGGGGGCGGCCUCCGGAUUUACUUUCUUCCUCGUCGUACAGGACUUAUCCUCGCCUGGGUAUUUUGUGACGACUGUCUUCGUCUCGCUCAGGUAUCAGAUCGUGGGUCUAUAUCCGACGACAGUCAUCUACCUUGUUCAGCGCGAGCAAACGAACUGGUGCAUACCCGCGACCGACGAAUCGCUCCACUUCAAGGGCAUUACACAAGAAGAUACGACCGUCUGUCCCACGACGCGCAGCUACAAUCUGACCGUAAACAAAUGCGACAACGAAGCGGGCCCAGAUGCCAUUGCAAUCAAUAUAUCAACGGGUAGCAGUUCAGGAAACGCGUCCGGAUGCAACCCUGUCUCUACCAGGCCGCCACUUGUGAGCGAUCUCCACUGCGAACCAAACACGGUGCACGUGGUGGCAACGAAUGGAAGCUCAGAAAGUAUGACCAACGCAGCGCUGAGCGUUUCCGGGGACUGUCUUGUAUAA